AUGAUGGUAAAAGCCAUCUCCGGUGGCGGCGGCAUCGGCAUCCACGUGGUGCACACCAUGGCGGAACUGGAGCCCAUCAUCGAGCGGACCCGCAAAACCGCCCAGGCCGCCUUUGCCGACCCCAGCCUGUUCUACGAACGUUACCUUCAGGGCGCGUCCCAUGUCGAAGUCCAGCUCAUCGCCGACCACGUCGCAACCAGAAACUCAUCGAAGAAACGCCGGCAUCGGCCAAACUGCCCCGCAGACGUACGGGAACAAAUCGGUCGCCUGUCCCGCCAGUUGGGCCGCGAGGUUGGUUACACCAACGCCGGCACUGUCGAAUUCCUGGUUACCCCCGACGGCCAUUUCUUCUUCCUCGAGAUGAACCCCCGGUUGCAGGUCGAGCACGGCGUAACCGAGCUGCUCACCGGACAGGACAUCGUUGAGAUGCAGCUCCAGUCGGCUGCCGGCAUCGCCUUCUCCCAGCGCCAGGGUGACAUCACGGCCAACGGCCACGCCAUCGAGGCCCGCGUAUAUCCGGAAGACCCCGACACCUGCCUGCCCAACACCGGCGUCGUCACCGAUCUCCUCCUGCCCCACGGAGACAACGUCCGCGUGGAUACCGCGCUUUGCAUCGGUUACGAGGUUUCGCUACACUACGAACCGCUGUUGGCCAAGGUCAUGGUUUGGGCUCCCGACCGUGACGCCGCCAUCGCCGCAUUGGACACUGCACUGGCCGAUUUCACCAUUGAAGGCGUCACCACCAACAUACCGCUGCUGCGCGAUGUUCUUGCCAGUCCCGAAUUCACGUCCGGGACAUACAAUACCGGCAGCCUGGCCGAUAUUUUGGACCGGCGACAGCAAUCCCGCCGGGCCGCCAUGAACGGCCACAGUUCGGCAGUGUCCACCAACGGACACCACAACGGAUAUGAUCCCGGCCUCGCCCAGAACCCUCGGGCGCUGGCCGCCGCCAUCGGGGCCGCGGUUCUGGCUGCUCAGGCCGGACAGCAGGACCCGGCGGGCGCACAGGCCCCUGGCUCGCGCUGGCGGAUGCAGGGUCGCCGGGAACUAUUCCAUUCGCAGGUUGGCGACCUUGGCCAGUCGCCGGUCGAGGUUACCGUAGAUGGCGAAACCUUUCUUAUCGACAUCGGAGUGGCCGACGCACCCACUCCGCCGCGCCGGGGCCGUCCGUCUGGCGGACUCUCCGUACCUGACGCCCCAACGCCUGGCGGCCCCGGCGCAGCAGCCCCCGUCAAUGACGACAUCCUGCGUUCACCCAUGCCGGGCCGCGUCAUGUCGGUGAUGGUGCGUCCGGGUGACGCGGUGUCCGCCGGGGAUGAAGUGUGCGUGGUCGAAGCGAUGAAAAUGGAACAGAGCAUUCUGGCCCACCGGGACGGCGUGGUUAAAACCGUGUUCGUACAGCCCCUCGACUCAGUCAGCGCCAACGAUCCCCUCGUCGAACUGGAGUAG